AUGAUAGGCGCUGAUAAAAUUCCUGUUUGCUCUUCGAUGACAAAAAUAGAACAACUUCUUGGAUCAUUCACUUUCAUUAUGUCGGAAAAAUCGGACGCCGUGGAACAGGUGGCGCAGGACGUUAAGGACAUCAAGUUGGAGAACGGGACCGCGGCUGGUGCAACCAACGGAACGGCCUCCAAGAGCGAGGAUAACGCCAUACCCUUUAAGGAUGCCUUUAAGUUGUUUUCGAAAUUUGGCGAUCCGAAGUCGGACGGCAAGCUGAUAACUUUGUCCCAAAGCGACAAGUGGAUGAAGCAAGCGAAAGUGAUCGAUGGAAAGAAAAUCACUACCACCGACACGGCCAUACACUUUAAAAAGCUUAAGUCCCUGAAAGUUGGUGUAGAUGACUAUCAAAAGUUUCUGGACGAUUUGGCUAAAAGUAAGAAAGUGGAGCUAGAGGACAUAAAAAGAAAAUUAACGACAUGCGGACAACCCGGAAUUACCACUCACUUACCAAAAUCUCCGGCGGCCGCUGCUGCCGUGGAUAGAUUAACGGACACGAGCAAAUACACGGGCUCACACAAGCAAAGGUUCGACGAGACGGGAAAAGGCAAAGGCAUAGCUGGACGUAAGGAACUCGUGGACUCGUCAGGAUACGUUACCGGGUACCAGCACAAGGAUACCUACGACAAAGCCCAC